AUGGUCACUGUAAGGAGUGUGAUUAGCCUUGCAGCCUCUACAGGUUGGAAGGUAUUCCAAAUGGAUGUAAAUAUUGCAUUCCUGCAAGGAUAUGUGCAAAGUGCCUAUGAUCAUUCCUUGUUCACAAAGAAGUCAGGAAUAGACUUGGUGAUCAUUUUGAUAUAUGUUGAUGACUUGAUGAUUACUGGCAAUAGCAGUGAGAUGAUAGAUGAAGUUAAAAGGUCCCUACAUAAGUCCUUCAAACUCAAAGACUUAGGAAAAGUGAUAUAUUUUUUGGGAAUUGAAAUUAUGAGGUCACACAAAGGCAUACUAUUGAAUCAAAGAAAGUAUACACUAGAGCUCAAAUCAGAUUUAGGACUAAGUGGGGCAAAGCCUGCAAGUUCACCUCUUGAGCAAAAUCAAAAGCUUACCACCAUUGACUAUGAUAAGCAUGUAAGACUCAAAGGAGAUGAGGAGCUGACAGAUAUUGGAGGCUGUCAGAUGUUGAUUGGGAAGUUGAUUUAUUUGACUAUAAUAAGGCAUGAUAUCUGCUUUGCAGUGCAGGUCCUAAGUCAAUUUAUGCAACAUCCAAAACAAUCACACUUAGAGGCAGCUAUGAAAGUGGUGAAAUAUAUAAAAGGGUCACCAGGAAAAGGAAUACUAUUGAAGAAGGGAACAUUGGAAGAGAUUACAGCUUAUUGUGAUUCAGACUGGGCAGCCUGCACAAACACCAAAAGAUUAGUGACAGACUAUGUUAUUAAGCUUGGUGAAUCACUGAUUUCCUAG